UACUUUGUAGAUCUACGAGAUGGCAAGAACAAAGCAGACAGCUCGUAAGUCAACUGGCGGCAAAGCUCCCCGAAAACAGCUCGCUACUAAAGCCGCUCGUAAGAGUGCUCCUGCCACCGGUGGCGUGAAGAAGCCUCAUCGUUACAGGCCCGGAACAGUGGCUUUACGUGAAAUUCGUCGCUACCAGAAAUCUACUGAGCUACUUAUUCGCAAGUUGCCUUUCCAGAGGCUGGUGAGAGAAAUCGCCCAAGAUUUCAAAACCGAUCUCCGUUUUCAGAGCUCUGCUGUUAUGGCUCUGCAGGAGUCCAGUGAGGCUUAUUUGGUCGGUUUGUUUGAGGAUACCAACUUGUGUGCUAUCCACGCCAAGAGAGUGACCAUAAUGCCCAAAGACAUCCAGCUGGCUCGCCGCAUUCGUGGUGAACGUGCCUAAGAACACAACUUCACACAAAAAAAGGCUCUUUUCAGAGCCGCCACAAAG